AUGGCUGUCGGCGAGCUGAUUCGCCCGGCAUUGGGCCAGACUGCCGAACUCGGAGCCCUCUACGAUGCUCGUAACGACACCUUUCUCUCCCAUCCGCACUCGCAUACGCUGUUCAGACACGCUCCUCCUUCGGAUGCCGUGGCUAUUCGUCCUUGCCGCUUGACAGACGUCCGGAUCCUCGAGGUCCGCAACUUCAAGGAGAAGUGCGCCCAGCUCGGGGUCGAUGUCGAGCUUGGAGCCAGCAUUCUUGCCGGGCUCGUUCGCGUUGACGGAUGUGCUCAGUAUCUCGCUUCGCACAACGCUACCCACGGUGCUCAUGCCUCGUUGAGGUACAAUGUCACCACCAUUGAUGAGGUGCUCAACCUCGCCACCCCCGGAAUCAAAGACCAGUUCGCCUUCUCUACCCUCGACACCGACAUCGCUACCCAUGCCGUGAUCGGCGUUCGCUGGGGUGCCAACUACAUUGUUAGCCCCAAUGGCCUGGCAGACCCAGCGUGUAACAGGACAACAGGGGCCUUGGCUAUUCAAGAACUCGGCCAGCUACUGAGUCAUGCAACCCCUGGCUGUUUGGAUGAACCAGUCGGUACCCCUGAGGAACAACACGGCUUUGACUGGUCGGAGUUGUCGGUUUUUGGCGAUAUCCUACCAGAAGAUAUGCCAACUCUUGCCAACGCACCCGCUCAGACUGCUCGGGGCUUUAUCAACCGCCUUCGCCGACUGAUCUCUAGCACCAACGACGCAAAGGGGACACCGAUUCAGUACACCCUCAUGCCCCUGGCGCUUUUGGGCUACUUUCAACUUUUAGAUAUCAGAACCAACCUCACUGUCCACCCGUCGAACCCGGACAGUCUGGAGCGCUUCAUGCAACAUUUUGAUGACGCCCAAACCGCAAGCGCAACGCUUCACCGUUAUGUGUCUCGGUGUCGACGGUACCCAAACGUCGUACCUCUUGGUCACAUUCACAAUGUGGAAGGGCAACUCCGCACAUUCACUGCUGCCAACGCGGCGUUGCGGGUGAACCUUGCGAGAACCUUACGAGAAGUACGGUCCACGGGCGUUGACUCUGACCGUCUUCGGCAACUUCUCAGUGACUUCCACGCCCAGGAGGUCCCUCCAUUCCAAAUCCGCUCCCUGGCCGCGUUGACAACAAAGAUGGACUUUGCGAAAGCGAUCAUGGAAGAGGGAUCGCAAUACGUCGGGUUUCGGGACCGGAGCUUCGAUCAGAUGCUCGCGCGGAGCCCUCAUGACGAUGUCUACAUUUUGUAUUUCACCGAUGCUGUGCGGAGAACAUCGGAGGUUUGGGCGGACACUCGCAACCUGUUCUCCGAAUUGCUGAGGGAUGACAGGCCGAAAGCCGUCAUGGCGGUCGAUUGCGAUGCACUUGGCCACUCUCUGGAAAGGCCUUACAUUUGCCAUCUUCGUCAUCGCCGAGUGCUCAUCGAAGAUCUCCUUGAGCAUAGGAAGGUCUUAUCAGCCAACUGCAUCAUGCAACAAAACGCGGGAUCGCUCGACGCCACACUCACCAGCAAGCCUCCGCAACGCCGCGCCGUUCGAAUCCCAUGCCCCCACCCCCCCUGCGAGAGAACACUACGCUGCAAUUGGAUCUGCGCUGUUUGUCACUCGCUGGUUGAGUACGGCUACGUUGACGAACGGCUGUACUGCGACUGCGGUGCGACCCCGUUCGACCGCUGGACCUUCAAGUGUAAUGAUCCUACUCAUGGAUCGGCAUGGGCCAGUUAUGACGAGCAGGUACUCCACGGACACCUGAAGGACCUCGAGCCCUUUGAAGAUCUUAACAUCUUGAUUCUCGGAGAGACUGGUGUUGGGAAAUCGACCUGGAUCAACGCCUUUGUCAAUUACCUCACCUACGACUCUCUCGGUGACGCGAUUCAGGCUGGAGGAUUGGAGUGCCUGAUCCCCUGCUCGUUCAGCACGCAGCUGAAAGACCCAAACGAUCCGCAGGGCCGAUUCAUUCAGAAGGACAUCAAGAUCGGGAAGAGUCGGUUCGAAAAUGAUGGAGCGCGCGGUCAGUCCGCCACUCAGUGCACGGCGGUGUACGGUGUGACGAUCGGGAGAACCAGGGUCCGCCUCAUCGACACCCCCGGGAUUGGAGACACGAGAGGUCUCGAGCAAGAUAACCGGAACAUGGCCGACAUCCUGAAGGUUCUCCGCAGCUACGACAAACUCCACGGCAUCCUGGUCUUGCUGAAGCCGAACGCCGCCCGCCUGACCGUCAUGUUCAGAUUCUGUAUCAAACAACUUCUCACGCAACUGCACCGCAACGCGGCCAACAACAUUGUCUUUGGUUUCACCAACACGCGGGGUUCCAACUACACGCCAGGGGACACUUUCAAACCUCUAGAGGCACUUUUGAAGGAAUACACCCAAGUCCAGAUGGGACUGUUCGAACACAACGUGUAUUGCUUCGACUCAGAGAGCUUUCGGUAUCUUGCUGCACGCCAAAAAGGCGUUGACAUGGGCCUUCUGGAAGAUAAUAUGCGGAGUUGGGGCCGUUCGGUGUCAGAGUCGAAGCGGCUGUUGAAGCACUUCCGAGGUCUCACUCCACACCAGGUCCGAAGCACUAUCAAUCUCAACGAGACCCGUGACAUGAUCGUGAAGUUGACGGAGCCGAUGGCCCUGAUUGCUCAAAAGAUCCAGACCAGCAUUGCAGUCAACAACGACCAGGUCAGGACGCUGCACAAUGCAGAAUUGUCCCGCAGUGAGCUCGAGAAGAGCCUCUACAUUCAGCGGGAGACGGUUGAGUCGUACGAGGUGGGCGAGCCCCGCACGGUCUGCACGCAUGGAGACUGUGUUGAGGUCCGGAACGAUUUCGCUGGCCGCGACGAGACGGUGAUUGUUUACAAAACGAUGUGCCACAAGCCAUGCUAUCUCGGCAACAAAGUGAAGCGCAACCAGAAGGGGGACCCACAGCUCAAGCAAUGCGCCGCCAUAGAUGCCAACGGGUUCUGUUCUGGGUGCAGCCACAACUACAUGGAUCACAUGCACAUCUACUACGAUUAUCGGUCUCUGACUUACCGGCACGAAAACAAGGAUGUGAGCCGGGAGCUGAUCAAGCACGCCUCGGACAUCGAGCUCCAGCAGGAGGCGAUCCGGCUCAGGGAGACGGCCAUCGCGGAGUUCAGGCUUGAGCAUACGCAGGUUCAAGAAGCUGCCAUUCAGUUUGGUUUCUUUCUGAAGCGCCAUGCGAUUGAGCCCUACAACGAUGCCACGGUAGAAUACGUCGACCACCUCAUUCAACAAGAGAAACUCAAAAUCAAGAGUGGCGGGAAGAAAAAGGCGCUUAGCAUGCUUGAGAAAUACAAGGCCGAGCACCUACAGAAAGUGGCAGCUCUAACCCAAGCUAUGGCGCGCGGUGACACCGACCUGGUUCUCGACGACCAAGGGGCGCGUCAGCUCGUCGACAGUCUCUACGGUCUCCCGCACUUUGGCAAGGACCUGCAAAAGAUUGUCCAAGUCAAUGAGAUGGCAGCGGACGCAGUUUUUAGAGAGAAGUCCUGCAAUGUCUCAGCUGGUCGGCACUGGGACCGAAAACAACCGGCGCGUAGGAGGCAAGGGAGCGUCCAGGGCCAACCCGGCAAGCCGCCUUCACCGACGACACGGCAGAGCCCGAUGGCAACAAGCCAGUUUACAGCUCCCCAGGGCAAUGCGCGCCAUCCCAUAAACCAACCUGGGGGUGAUUUGGAUGGAUUUCUUCAAGGCGCGAAGACGAAGGUAAUGGGGUAUCUCGCAGCCUGGCGGUUCUGAAUCGAUGAUCUUGUUAACCCCCCCCCCCCGCCUUCUCUCACAAACUCUGCCUUUCCACGUUUCUUCUCGUCCGAAUUCCUUCUGUUUUUAAGAUCUCUUAAUAUCGAAAAGAUUUGGGGUUUUGUAUUGUAGCUAAGGGACUUUCCCCCUCUGCUUUGGAGGAUGUUGAGAUCUUUAAUAGUGUGCGGCCCUGUAUGCUGUUUGUGGGAUCAUGUGGAAAGAAUCGGCUCCCGCAGUAUUUUUGCCACCUUCACGGUAUCGCUUGUGUUGUGAAUUCGAGUCGUUCCCUGGCAUUGUUGGGUUUUAGUAGCGUACAGGUAUGGCACGCAAUUGAUUGUCUUCUUCCCAUCUUCGAA